CAUCGGCAUCAAUUGAAAAUCCUCAUUCCACAUCAAAUGAUGUAUGCGUCCCGCAACCAGGAAUUCGUGAAUUCAAAAAAGCUUAUCCAUUUCGGGGAUGUCCCGACUCUCUUGAGACUCCACUCGCAAUAAAAUAAAUUUGUGUUUUUUGCUCACUUUUUUAUUCCUCUUUGUCUCCUCUCCCUCAUUGAUCCUUUUUCUUUUUUCAUUUGUUUGCUUUUCUUUUUCUUCUUGACACUUCUUCUUCAUUGAUCUUUCACUUACAUACAUACAUCAUACAUACAAAUGAAUCAACAUGCAUCAGUUCCUCCAGCUUCAUUAUUGUCCAUGCUGCAGUUUUUCCAAUCGCCUGUCAGGGAUCUAACCUUUGCUAUGCCUAUCCCUGAUGAAAACUAUACUCCGCUAUGCAUUGAGCCUAAAAAAGUUUUCAAAAGCCACAAGCCAUCCUCGCCUCCUCUUCAGUCGUCAACCAAUACCCGCUUGGCCUCGUGUUCCAAAGUCACUGGACCUCGUAACAUGGAACAAGCACUGUCCUACCGAAAACGAUCCCAGCGAAGUGAUCCCAACCGUCGACGGAUAAGAAAACACGCCACCCGCCCCCAACCCAAACAAGCCAAGACGGUCAAGAUGACCGUCGAUGAAUUAAAGGCCCUCAGUCGGCAGAUCGAUUUGGGAAAAUUAUCUGCACCCAAAAACACAAACAUCCAUACUAGCAUUUCUCAUCAUCAUGAUACCUCCUCCCUCAUCCAACUUUGUUCGCCCGAUGGCGAGACCACCCAUGCAUCCGAUCUUCCACCUUCCUCCAUUCCCUAUUCCGCCGCCGAUAUCCUGUAUAUGAGUCGAUAUUUGCGAGCCAAUCUAUCCAUGGCCAAGUACAAUAUGAUGGCCAAGCUAAGUCAGUCCACCGAUUCGGAAGACAUGCAAGUGUAUGAACGACUACGUACAUGCAUCGUUCCCUCCGUUUUGGACACCGUCAUGGACGCUCUUAUCUCGCCUCUACUAGAAUCCAAGUCAUUGAGUGAUGAUCUGUCACAACAUUCUUCCUCCCAUCCAUCCUCUCCCUGUACUACACCUUCACCGACUGCCGUGAGCGCUCCGUUACUGCACCAAGACAUUUUCAUGAGCCCACUAUUUGAAUAUGACGAUCUCGACAAAGGCGAUCCUUUUUCGUUGUAUACUGCUCCUGUGGCGACGACUGAUGCAAAUCAGGAUUCCACAGCAGUGGAUUACGGGGGACCUUUGCCGCUUUCGGAGAAUGCAUUUUCUCGCAGCGAUCUUCCAAUGGAUCAUCACAAAUAUGGUGCUUGGAUUAUGGACGAACCUUCCAUCGAUCACAGCUAACUCAUCACCGAACCGUUUUUUUUUUUUUUUUUACUAUAGCAACAAUCUGAAUUCACAUUUAUGCAUAAACAAAACAAAACAAAACAAAAAAGACGAAAAUAAGGAUAAUGCAAACACAACAAUAUGACUUUUUUUUUUAUGGUAUUGAUUGCG